UGAUAGAUAAAAUUGUUCAUGAUUUUGACUGUUAAAAAAAAUAAGUUAUUUCCGUUUUUGUUUCAUUUUUCAGAAAAACUUCGAAGACAACAUCGAAAUACAAAUGACCCAAUUAUCAAAUAUAUGGAUUGUGAGAUGGAAGUACAGAUGAAUUUUCAAAAGAGUAUACUUAUGAAAGGUGUCAAGCUUGAAAAGUCUUCCGAAAAACAAGUGUGCUUCAAUCAUAAGCAAAGAACCUUUGACAUAAAAAACCAAAUUGAUAGUCACAUCAGAGCCUUCAGUAUAUCUAUAAGAUAUUACAACUAUGAAUUAUUUAACUUUCAACUGUUAUCGGACAUCGUAAAUAAACUUGAUGAGAAAUACAUGGAACAAUUUGUAAGUAAUGAAAAAACCGCCAAAAUCCUGGUUUCCGUAUUCAGUAAAGGACCACCACAAAUGAAAAGUGAUCAGGAUAAUAAUCGGGACUGUUGACCAGAAUGAACUGAUUUUUUGAAAGCUACAAAAGUUUUCCUUGUUUAAUUUUGACAAUUAUUUUUAUAUCAAUGUAAAACAAAAUUGCUAGUUGAUUACUGUAACAAUUUUUAAUUAUUAACUAUUGUCUUUGUUUCGUUUCCGUAAUAAAA